UCUCUCAACUCGCUUUUGUUCAGCACCACCAUCUACCCCAAACUCAUUGUGGAUGUCUUGUCUCAACGGCAGAGCAUUUCACACUCCGCUUGUAUGUUGCAGUUGUUCCUUUUCUACGCUUUAGGUGCUUCAGACUUCUUUCUGUUGUCAGCCAUGGCUUACGACAGGUAUGUGUCCAUCUGCAAGCCUCUGCAAUAUGCAACCACCAUGCGCACAACCAAUGUCACCAUCUUCUUGGCUUUGGCCUGGUUUCUGCCCGGCUGCCAGGUUGCUGUGGGAACUUACAUUAAUGGAAAGCAAAAAUUGUGCAGGUUUGUUUCAGGGGGCAUUUUCUGUAACAACACUGUGAAUAAGCUUCAGUGCGUGAGAUCAGAAACGACGGUCGUUUACGGUGUGUUUGUCUUCAUCAGCAUUGUGAUUCUCCCUGUCUUGUUCAUCCUCUUCACAUACGUUAAAAUAUUUCUCGCCAUUUAUUGCCGUUGCAACGGAUCCUGGGAAAAGGCAGUGGAGACCUGUUUACCUCACCUGAUGGUUUUAAUCUGCUUCUCUUGCUUGGCUGCGUUCGACGUCAUUGUGGACCAAGCGGGGUCAGAGCUUCCGAAGACGGUUCGCCUGAUCAUGAUGUUGCAAAUAGUGGUGUACAAUCCUCUCCUCAAUCCAAUCAUAUAUGGAGUGAAGAUGAAAGAAAUCUGGAAACAUAUCAAGAAGUUGUUCCGUCACCACAUCAAAUAA